AUGUCUAAACAUCCCAUUAAAAAAACUGAUAUUACUAGUCCUGAUUUUGAUGUUGAUGUGUACUUGUCCCAACAGCUAAGGGAGAAAUCAUUAGAUGAACUUGUUAAGGAAGAAGAAGAAAUGGUGACUUCGGUCAGGAGACUAGACUCCGACAUUCAUCAACUUGUAUAUGAGAAUUAUAAUAAAUUUUUGACUGCUACAAAUACUGUAAGAAAAAUUCAAGAUGAAUUCAACCUCUUAGAUAAUGAAAUGGACUCACUGGGGAGUAGUAUGAAACAAAUAUCAGAUGUAAUAGACGAUAUGGGAGGUGUAUUAUGUGGACAAAGGGAAGACUUAGCGCAAUUAGGAAGUUCUUAUAAAGUUGUGAGAAGCUUGCAAUUCAUAUUCGACUUACCUUCCGUGUUAACUGCACACUUUGAAGAGAGAAAGUUCUCUGAUAUUGUCCGGAUUUCCACGCUGGCUAAGAAAGCUUUACAUAAGUACAAAGACAUUGCAACUGUCGCCAUAAUUCUGGAAAAAACAGAAAAAAUCAUUGAAGCAACGGAGAAGGAGCUAAGAGAAACUAUCUAUGGCAAGACCGAUCAAAUGGAUUUGGUAACUGAAUCUCUCGAACUAUUACUUGUACUUUCCGAUGAUCUUUCCGAGGUUCAAAACUUACUUUUGCACGUAGCGGAAACUGUUUUAAAUAACGACUUAUCCAGUUUGGAAAGCAUAUCUGCGGAUGUCUUAGAUAUGAUAGACAAAGCUUGUGGCUCCUUUAUUCCGAACUUAACACUUUUCGCAAAUCUUCAUCAAAAAUUAUUCCCGAAGGACAAAGACGUUCUUCUUAAAAUGCUAACAACUAAACUGGAUGAGUUUUAUCCCAUAGUUCAAAAGAUAUUUUUGUCAACUUCUGAUCCGAAAGAUUGCUCUAUUGUGGUGAGAGCGCUCGAUAGAUAUUAUCGCAAGAUGUCCACCUGUCCUCAUGUGAUACCUGGGCUUGACUGUUCUGUUUCCUCUGUAGCUCUCAUAAAAGAGGUAUCGAAGCACGAGAUUUCCAUAUCACGACAACGAAUCAAAGACGAAGUCUAUCGUGCUCUAGUUGAAGCGGCGGAUUCGGUUUCUGAUAAGACUACCGAUGUUCAAAGUGUUGCCAUCAAAAUAGAACACGCAUUUCUAUUCCAAGUGAAAACCGCACUAGCAAACCUUCUCCUCUUCAUUGCUAGUGAUGUCACCUUCUCCAGUCUGCCGCAUGAAGAAUUUCAGAAUGAUUUCGCUAAAAAUGUAUAUGAGAACUUACUGAUAGGGAGUUUUAAAGAUUUUUCUGACACCGCUAUCGCGAUAGGUAUCCCAGAAAGUAAAACGAAAGGUUUUCAAUGUUUGCUAACGCUUAUCUACGCUACGACACUUCAUCAUUUGUCUAAUAAGUCGGCGUUGUAUCUGCUAAGUUUAUGUAAAGAACAGUUCGCCUUAGGCAGCAAUGAAUCCGUAACAAAUUCUACAGACGCUUCUGCCAUUCUCAAAUCAAGUGGCCAUACAUUGAUUCAAUCAUACAGUCAUUCCAGAGGAUUGGAGCUUGGCGAGUAUCUUUUGAAACAAUGUAAUUAUUCAAGUGUAACAGAGUCCUCUCCUACAGGUGUCACCAAAGUUGUGAAAAAUGUUGUUGAACAACUCGAUGGGAUCGAUCGGUUACUUCAAGAGUCGUUCGGUGGUGAUUCUAGAAAGGAAAACCGUUCUCGACGUUUACCCGAUGCUCCACGAGAUUCUUUAUGGUGUGAUCGCAUAGAUUUUCAUCAACAAGUUCAUUUCAAUCGGAGCUCAAUGUUGACAGCAAUCGUGAAGAUAAUGCUGAAGUCCUUCAUAGAAUAUAUUAGAUUGGAUACUUACAGCAAGGAUGCUGUAAAACAAAUUCAGGUUGAUUGCUGUUAUUUCCAAAGGCAUUUAGCUCCUUUAGUAUCUGACGAAGUCGUAGUCAAUUCCAUGGUUGACCAGGCAUUAUCGUCCGCUUUAAAGAGAUGCAUAGAUCCAGUUCUAAUUCAUCCGAGCAAACUGUCUCAAAUUUGUAAUGAAAACAAAGAAUUAUUAAUGGAACGCUCCAAGAGUUUAUCUAAUAUAGUAAAGUGUAAGCAGAAAUAUAGAGGAAGAUCUAGUGCCAAAAACAGAUAUAAUGGCAGGAGGAGCAAAAAUAGUGUUUAUGAAUAUGAAGAUGAUUUUUGUACUAACAACGAGAGUGUUCAUUUUUUAUCUGUUGUUAGACGAGAAGAUAGUUAUUCACGUUCAGAUGACAUCGUCAGUACCGCCAAGACUGAUAGGACUAAUGAAAAUAACAGAUAUCAGUUGCAAAAUUUAUUACAAAGUUUAUUAAAAACUGAGGAUGAUUCUAAUAGGAUAUCAAAAAGAGCAUGCGAAGGACAACAACGCUUUCUAAUUAAUGGAUAUGAUUUCGUUGAUAUUCUCUGGUUGACUCUCAAAACUUAUCUAUCUGAUCUACCCUGUGCGCUUGCAUCCGUGGGGUGUGCUGAUCUGGAUAAGUGGAUCUCUGAAACUAGAAAAACAAAGUGCACAGCAGUGAUUAACAGUGUUCUUAACUUUCAAGUUACUGUUCCUAUUUCUAAAAGUGUGUCGUCAUCUAUGAAUUCUGUAUAUCUGUUACAUAUUAUUGAUGUGAGGAAAGGAGUGAUAGAGCUGCUAGAUAGCUUUGAUAAAUUUUCCAACUUAUUCCCUAACACGAGAAGUAUGAAAGCUUUUCUGAUGAAAACGACCUAUAAAGACAAAAUUAAUGUUCUGGAGGAUCGACUCAAUGUUUUGAACGCUUGGCUUAAUACAGUGAAUGAUCUGAACGACAAGAUUGAACAGUUCCGAACACUUUUCCGGGUAGGUUCAAAUGAUCCUUGGCCUAAAAAUUUGGAUACUUCUGAUGAUGAAGACUUCGUUCCUUGUCCAUGCAUUAAAACAGCAAAACAAGUGUUUCGCAAUGUUGUCAGGAGCUCACUCAGUCUCAAAGGUAUGAAAAAGCUUUUGGGCAGAGUCAGCUCGAUAAGUGAUGUCACAAUCACAAAAACAUCGGCACAGUUCAUGAAAAGAGUUAAGAGCUAUGCAGAGGCUGCUGAUAAAAAGAAGGCUGAUUCUAUAAAUCUCUCGGAUUCUCAGAAAGUUCGUUUUCAAGCGGACGAAGCUCCAAAAUAUGGAACAAACAGCAUUCUGUUCGGCGAGAUGCAACUGCCUACUUAUGUACCUUUUUUCAAGUUCCUAGUAGGCAUUAAAAUGGAGCUGAUACUUGAAUGGCUUGCUGUCAGGCAUGAAAUCAAGCUAGAAAACAGUAAUCAUCAAGAACCGCUGAUUCUUGAAGCUAUCAUGGAGGAUUGCCGAGAUUGUGUGGAGGAGACAAUAUUGUCUAGGAAAAACUAUGCUAUGAUUGUAAAUGCAACGGGAGAUAUGUUUUGCCAUAAAUAUGAGGAUUCGCUGGACGAAAGCCUUCUACAUGUAUAUACUAACUAUUUAAAUUACUUGAGCAAUUGGUCUUGUGCUAUAUCUGAUGAAUAUGCUGAUUUAUGGAGUGUUCUGGAGAAUGAAUGGACAGUGGCUUUGAGGUUAUCCAGAUAUAUUUAUAUGGGGCUUAACUACCAAUCUUCUUAUUUUUUGAGCCUCAUGUCGAAUCUCUUUGAGAAAUGUGUUGUGUCCUAUUUUGAGACCGCGAACAACACUACCGAUACUCAACGUUCUUGGAAUUAUCAGCUUUCCGGGAAUAAUGAAGCAGUUCAAUUAUGCCGAGAGUACAAUCGAAUUCUUACCAACGUGCAAAAAAGAUCUCAGCGCAUAUGUGCUUUACUUCAAACAAUCUCAUCGCAUUUACAAAUUGCCUCUGGUUAUGAAAUGAGCUGUAAUAUAGUCCAUGCUGUAAAAGUAUUGCAACAAAACCAUUAUCUGAUUGAAACAGAUAGACACAGUGGUGUUGCCCUUGUAGUAGAUGAAGAAGCUAUGAGCACCAACUCUUAUGAUGGGCUCUGUUUGUCCUUGUACAAUUGUAGCAAAAUUGAGAAAAUGAAAGACGAUCAUGUAGAUUCUCCAGAACCAGACCGUGUUUCGAGAGAUAACUUAGCUUUGCAAUUUAAAUCUCAUGGUGACGCAGGCUUGUCUAAUUGUAGCAAACCUAAGAAAAUAAAAGGAUAUCUUAUGGUGAUUCCUGAUCCUGACCGUGUAUUCAGAAAUAACUGGAGCAUGAAAAGACUGAGAACUCAACAGGAAGAAGAGCUAGUUGCUUUACGUCAACUAAGAACGGACAUAGUUUGCGUCAUCGGCACUUUCGGACUCAACGACAGCCGUCUAAAAAAAAUACUCAAGUUAAAAACUCUUCGUUGCUCUACUUACGAAAACAUAGAUUCACAUAUAUCUUCUGCUCAAGAAAAUUUGCUUGAUCAGAUUGAAAAGUUAUGGAAGAGCGUUACUGAUUUGAAAUCAGGUUUUGAUGACGAAACAGACAUCGGUGAUAAUGUAAUAACAAUGUUCCGCCAGGCGUUCAAUACUAUGUUCCAGUUGCAUCGUGAAACUUAUAGAGUUUUAGCUGAAACCGGUACUGAUGAGCAGCAGAAAAGUUUCCUGAAGCAGACUUUAUCCCUUGUGAACAAUUGGGUAAAAUUCGUGAAAGAUAUGAACAAUGAUUCCUCGAAUGAUACUGAUUAUUCCAUGGAAGUCGAUCUCCUCACAAUCAAAGAAAACUUACUCUCUAUUCCUGUGUGGUCUCGAUCAGCUUUUAACUUUUUCUUGUUUCUAGUGGAGAAAUGUUCGAAUUUGAUGACAGAUCGGCAGUUUGAGAGUCUGCAAAUUAUGGUGAAAGAAUACAUCCAAUUUGUGGGCUGCAGGUCUCCAGGACCAGUGUCGGCGCGACAACCGAAAAAACUAAUAUAUAUGAAUAAUAAUAAUAAGGGCGAACGUAUCCGACCUGGAAGAGCUCAUUCUUUCGUUGAGAAGGUUAAGAAGUUGGAGAAUGAAAUAGCAAAUAAGAAUCAAGCAACCAUGGGAAAAGUCCUCACUGAUUAUAAGAAAACCAUGCAAUUUGACAACGACAGGAGGAAAUUACUGGAACCUAAAUGGCAUGUUCUCAAACUUUUAGGGAAAGGAGCUACAGCUGAAGUUUUCACGGCUUUACAUCUGAAAUCGCAGAAGUUGCUCGCUGUCAAGAUAAUGAAGCACAUGAGCAACAAUGAUCCCACUUUCCGGAAUGAAGUCGAAGUAAUGAAAAGACUUGAUCAUCAGCAUUUGGUCAAAUACAUCGAUCAUCAAUAUUAUCCGCAGACUGGAGAAUCUCAUCUGGCUAUGGAGUUAUGCUUCGACAACUUGGCAACUCUUUGUGAAGGUCCUAUAGCCAUCAAAGAUAUUCGUACAUGUACAAACAGCUUAUUACAAGCUGUAGUUUAUCUUCACGAGCGCUCAAUUGUCCACCGAGAUAUAAAACCUGCAAAUAUCUAUUUUGAUAAACUGCAGCAGUUGAAACUUGGAGAUUUUGGUGUAUCGAUUUCUUUGAGGAGCAAUAAGACAAUGCAAGGUGAAAUAAUGAAGUUUGUUGGCACACCUUCUUUCAUGGCUCCUGAGGUAGUUACCUAUGGAGGCAGGGAUGAGAAAGAAGAAUUGAUUGGGUAUGGUCGUGCAGUUGAUGUCUGGAGUGUAGGUUGUGUGCUUCUGAACAUGAUAACAUCAGAGGUACCCUGGAAGGGCUAUGACUCUUUUCAACUAAGGUACGCCCUUGGAAUGGGUAAUCUUCCGAAUAUGAAGAAAGUGGUCAAUGAGAAAGAAAAAGAUUUCUUAAGCAAAUGCCUUGUUUCCAAUCCCGCUCUCAGAAAAAAAGCUGCCGAGCUUCUGAAAGAAGAUUUUGUAAACUUAGACGUAGAUUAUGAAAGUACUCAGGUUGUAGAUAGAUGA